GUGUGUCUAUUCAUCUGUCAUCAGGGAGGUUUGGUAAGGAGACUCCGUGGAGCCCAGAACUCAGGGGUCAAGUCCAGGUUUUCCCAGCCCCCAGCAUCCCUCCCGCUCUCCUCCGCUCCAGAGAGAUGGACAGAAUCAGGGAGAGGCGUGAAGGGAUGGGGAGGAGAGGACAUGAGCCUGAAGUGAUAGAUUGAUGCUUUAGAUGACGAACAGUGGGAACGGAUAUUAUGGACAAAAAACAGUUUACUUUUACAUUUUGUAGCCAACAUGUUUGGCUUCUGCAUCUGGGUUUUUUUUGUGUGUCCGUCUGUCUGUCUGUCUUCUUUUCUGUCUCCUCAGGUGAAGUGUGGAGUGAUGAGGCCCAGGACUGCUCUCUCUCUCUCGCCUUCUCGUCUCCAAAGUGCCAGGCAUUUCAUGCAGGGUGAGAGACGUUGCCGAGGUGUGUGUUAUUCUUGAUGUCGGCCUCCAGCGGGGAGCAGGAGUCAACACAGCUAGUAACAUACACAACACCAUCAGCCUGUCAAUCAAGUCAGGAGUCGAAGAGUUACUGAGAGUUCAGUUCAUUUGUCUUCUCUCAAAUAAAGAGAGACUCCCUGCAAAUACGUCUAAUCUUCCCUACCGCUCUUUUCAUAACCAUCACUUUUCCCUCUCUCCAUGGGACAUGAUACGUUCGCUCUGUCUUAUCGCUGUGUACAAAGGGGUUCUGCGUUGUGUCAUAGAGGCAGGAGGCCAUAAACACAUAUGAGCAUCUCCCUCACUGUCAAGGCUUCCUGAACUGCGAUUGGCUGAGGGCUGCACUGGCACCGCAUCCCAUUGGCUGGGCUGAGGAUGAAUGGCCAUGCUGACAACCAAUGGGGCCAGAUGAGGGUGAGCCGGAACAUCCUGUGUCAGUUCCGUGAAAAGAGACCCACCAGCUUCCCCCCCACAUCUAAACCGGAUUGAGUGUAUGGAUGUGCACAUCUUGCAUAGCUUUUCCAUCCGAUUUAACUCUCCAAGGGGCUCCGGAUGACACUGGUGUGACGAGGAGACCAACAGCAUCGCGUGAUUGGCAGGUGACGUGAUUCACGUCCACAAGGUGGCACGGGUUUUCAAAAAAAAAAAAUCCUCCCUAUCCGUAGGAAGACGAGUGGCUGGUGUGUUGGAACACCAGCAUGGCUGUGGAGAGCUUCUCUGAGCUCCUGCAGAAACUGCGGGAGGUCCAUGACCAUGAGUUAGAGGUGUGGCAGGAGAAAGUACUGGAGCUGACAAAUAAAAAGAAUAUUGAUACAAAGCGCAUGGAAGAACUUUACAACAGGAACCAGCAGAUGAGAGAACAGCAGCGCAUUCUCACUGAGAACAUCAAACAACUGGAGAACAGGUUGCGGGCCGGGUUGUGUGACAGGUGUACAGUCACUCAGGACGUGGCUAAAAAAAGACAACAGGAGUAUGAAAACUCUCAGCUCCAGAGUCUACAGCACAUCUCUUUACUGGUGAGUGAGAUGAAUGCUUUAAAGAAAGAAAAUGACAGACUAAGAGAAGAGCUGAAGGGCAUGAGGGAUCUAUCGGAUCAGCAGAAUGGUCAUUCAGAGGACAAAAUCACCCCAGAGAUCAAGAUGUCACCUGACACAGCAGCGGCUGCCGUGACUCUAUUGACCUCAGGGCUGAAGUCCAGCAAACCUCCACCAGGGGACGCCACUGUACCUGUAGCGACUGUCAAACGAGAGAUGGUCAACAGCCCGACCGACAGUCAGGAAAAGCCAUCUGAACACAGUUUCAUGCAACGCUGGGGCAAGGCGUUUUCAUUUGAAUCUAAUAAGACAUUGUUGCCCACCUCAGGCCCCGUGAGAUGGGGGAACGAACACGGCACUGAAAGGAGACCUGCCAGCGUGGACUUGGUGGAGCACCGGCAUUCCCCUUUGUCUCCUCAUGUCACAUCUCCUCUUAGACUACUGAAAAACAAUUCCAUUUUUUCUUCUGCUGCCUCUGAGGAACGUAGUUGCCGGCAACAGAUCCACGCUCCCGUCCCCUACCGGCCGCUUCCGAUCAAGACUGGUGGCCUGUCUAUCCCAUGGCCGCUUUCUGAAUCCACUGACUGGGUAACAGUAGAAGCAGCCGGCUCUGGUUUUAGUAGUGGGAUAAGCCAGAGCCCAUUUUUAAGCUCAAGUAUACUACGUUUCCCUAAACUGGUCCCACCAAGCAGCGCCCUCCACUCUCGCAAGCACGGCUCAACGCCUGGCGGCCCGCGGCCCUUGUCCCGCAGAAACCUCUCAGAGCAUGUAGAGAGUAGCGAGAAGAAAGUGACAGAAGUCGUUAUAGCGCCUCCCCAGUCAGAGAGGAUUUUUGGCGAGAAUUUAAGAGAGGAGGAAGAGGAAGCGCCGCUGGACCUGUCCGAGUCAGGACGCUCAAAAAGCCAAGAGAAAGAGAAAACGCACUCACAGAGCGACGCAUCUUCGUCCCUGACUUCCUCACCACCUGCUACACUUUCAUCGUCAUCUCAAUGUCCAUCGAGCCCUCAAAGUGACCAGCAGACAUCAGAUAAUAAUACACAGCUGGAGGAAGCACAGGAAAGAUGUAAAGAACAGGAAGAGGUAAAGGAGGGUGAAACAUCUCAAGCCGCUGAAACCUCUUUCAGCUCAGAGAUCAAGAAAAUCCCGUCACUAACCCUUUCCCUCCAACCAGUUGUGGUCAUGGAACCGCUUAAAGCUGGAGGACAGAUCACUGAUCUUGGGAGCAGACCAAUAGAACAAGAGGAGAAGGAAAACAACAACCUUGAAACAAGCAGAAAAAGACCUGGGCUGGACACUGAUGCUCUUUUCCUGCGCUCGCUAAAGGAGAAGAAAAUACGGCUGAGCAGAGGACCUCAAGGAAACCAUGCAGCCCCAGAUCAAGGAUGAAGGCAAUGGAUUCUAUCCAUUUUAUUUCACCCUUCAUCACCAGCCCAAAUCAGUCCAAAUCACUGGUGUUCACCUUAGUUUCCCAGAAAAAAAACAACAACUCUAGACUUUAACUGCACAUCUAUCAACAUAAUACUCACUGCAAUUCAAUUAGAAAUAUUAUUAUUGUGUGCAAAUAGUUUGUGUAUAUAAGCCUCAAACCUUCAGCUCACAAAUACAGAAUAUGUUCCUUCAAAGGGUAGAUUAUCCAGUAAUAUUUAGCUGUACCACAACAGGAAGCCAGCUGUCAGGGGGGCUGUCAAUAAAUGUAUCAGCUAGAUUUUUUUUUUUUUUUGGUUUCCUCUUCUUCUUUCUUCAUUUAUACCAUGCGUUAUUAAGACUGUACAUAUAAUUGCUUGCUUUCUUGUGUUUAUACAUUUCUCAUGCCUACCCUGAGUUUGUGUUCAUUCUCUCUUCCGUACGAGAGUCACAUCUCAUCUAUUUUUGUCUGUCUGAGCACCAUGGCCUGCUUCUUGUAGAUGUGACAAAAAGAAAAACCCUCGGCUUCCCCUUUUGGUUUUUUUUUUUUUUUGAGAUGUCAAGCAUAUAUUUUGUAAUAGUGAAUUUUCCACUUGCAGCUGUAAAAGCUUUCCGAGUGUAAAAGGAGGAAGGUAAAACUGUGAAGAACAAAGUAUACUUUUUAAAAAAAAAAAAAACUUUCUGUACCAUUACUAUACCUUUUGCUAUUAUCUGAGGUGAAACUAUUUU